GCCGUCCUAACCCCGCCCCCGCUGGCACGAGCCAGUAACCGUUGCCUUAGCCCCGCUGCUUAGCGCAUGCGCGGGGCAGCGGCGGGCGACCCGCUCUCAGCCCCGAGGGGUGGCCAUGGCCGGGCAGCUAGAGUCGGUGCCCGCCGUGGAGAUCGAUCCGGACGGCACGUUCAAGUACAUCCUGCUGCGGGUGCAGCGCGCGGGGGGGGCCGAGCACCGGGACGUCGUCCGGGGCACCGCGGCCGCCGAGUUCCACAAUCAUAUAUUUGAAAAAGUAAACCCUGAAAUGGAAAAGUUGGGCUUUGAAUGCAAGUGCCUUGGAGGAGGAAAAAUUGACCAUAAUAGCAAAGACAAGAAAAUGCGGGUAUUUAGUCUUUCCACAGGAUAUGGUAAAGCAGAUCAUGCAGUGACCGUAGAAAUACUGAAAAAAGUAUACCAAGACUAUGAAAUCACUUGGUCAGAUGACAAGAAAUGAAAAUCUAUUCUGGAAUCUGAAAUACAAAUCAGUUUGCACUCUAGCUGUUGAUAUAGAAUUGAAGUCUACAUUGUGUUCAAAUAAAUCACUGUUAGCUUUAUCUGAAUAAAAAGAUUUGUGUGUUCUCCA